AUGUCAAUCGACGAGGCAAACAGUAGUGGCCGUGCGCCCAGCGAUACCAGCACCAAUACCGACGCCAGCACUAAUAACGACUCCAACACCAACAUCCUUGUCCCCGCGCCAGGAACAUCGGCGCCCGAGCGCCCGACAUGGUCCGAGGUAGAGCAAACGCGGACCAAAGUGAAGAACCGCCAGGCCUUACCAACGGACCACACACCUGCGCGACUCUGCAUAGUCACGCACUCCUACAUCGACCCCACACCCUCCGGCCCACCACUCACAGGCCGUCUGGUAUGCCUAGAGAACCUUACGCGACAAAUGGCUCAAGCGCAACUGCAACAGCGCAAAACGCAGCCGUGGACAGACAGAUGGGGGCUGCGGUGGCUGACCCGGUGGCAAAUCGUCCGUGUUCGCGGCACACAGAAUAUCACUGAGUAUGCCAAAUUCGAGGGCAAGGGAAUUGUCAGUCAACGCAUUGUUCGAGAUAUUUUGCCGGACGAGGAGGAGAGGAAGAAGUUUGUGCGGGUUGAGGCUAUGGAUCAGGCCAUUGUGCGGUGGCAGGGCGAGGCACAGCGGUUUGCCUGGGAGGUUGUGCAGCCAGGUGUCAGGAUGUGCGGAAUGCUGAAGGAUUCGUGGACCAGCGGCAUGCAGCGCAGAUAUUUUGCCAUGUUUUGGCGUGAUGCCAGGGAGAUGAGCGCGCUGCGGCUGGCUGGGAAGAUGGUUGCGCAUGUGGGCAGCAUCUUUGACGAUGACCAUGAUGGCAAGGUUAACUGA